AUGAAGCAGGCGUAUAAGGUGAAGUGCACUCGAAACGAUUUGUUCAAAAUCAAACCGGCUACCGGGAUUUUGGACUAUAAUCAGACGCAGACUAUUGUUUUGAUCUAUCGGUGAGUGGUUUGUGGCCUAGGAAUCCAAUUUUUGAUGGCCUAGGAAUCCAACUUCCCAUUUUUCAGCGGUGGCAAAGAAAUUCGUCCAGAAGACAAGCAUUAUUUCGGUGUCUAUCAUAUUCCUGCCCCAGAGGGUUGUACUUCAGAUGGUGCUUGGGCUGAACAUUAUGGACCACCGCAGGGAGAGCAUAAACUUCGUGUUGUUUUUAGUGAUUGA